ACAAAUAGACUUAAAACGAAAUUCAGAGAAUAAAUUUAUACAGAUUUGCUUUUGCUCAGUAGAUAAGUCAUUUUGUUCUAAAACAAAUACAGCGUAGACACACACGCGUCGAAUUACAUUUUAGUUCUAAUUGACUGUUGUUGUUAUUGUUGUCAUUGUGUUAUCGGAAAAUAAGAUUACAACUAAGUGAACAAAAUUGUGGUUAACUGAAACAGUUUAUUUUUUAUUUUUAAUUAAUCUAUGUGUUAAAUAUAUGAAUGUACAGUUUGUUUAGAAAAAGUUGAGAGAUUCAUCAGUGAAUUGUAGCCGUAUGAUUUUUUUUUUAACAUUAUCUACACAUCAAUAUUAAAGAAUUGAUGUUGCUCUUUUCUAUGUUAAUUUUUAAUAGUUUUUGAAAAGUAAAUGUUGGUCAAGUAUUAAUAAAUGAAUUAGAGUGUAGCCAUGGAAUUCGAAGAGCCUGUAAAACAAGGACUAUUACUUUUUCCUCCUCAAGGCGUUCUUAGUCAACUUAAGAAAGCAUGGCAUAAACGAUAUUGUCAACUGUUCAAAGCAAGUAAAUGCGGGAUAGCGAGGUUAGAAAUAUGGGAUUCCAAAGAAGAUUUUUUUAAUAAACAAAAUUCACCUAGAAUUAUUACCCUAGAGGCUUGCAUUAAAAUUGGUCUAAGCAGUCAAGCUAAAACUUUUGAAGUAAUAACCAAAACAAAUGAUUAUCAUUUCGGUUGUUUCACUGAAACUGACACAUGCGACUGGAUCGCAGCGUUCCAAAAAGUAGCGUUUAAGGAUGAUACUUCAAAUCAAAUAAUUGAAGAGGAAAACGAUUUGUAUUGUGCUAGUAAUGAAGGAGUUUUUUCGGUGAAGCUUGUUGAAACAGAAGCAUCCAAGCGAUGUCGAUUAGAUCCUAAAAAUUACACUCUUAUAAUUUCUGCAAUGGAUUUGAAGCUGAUUGACAACGAUACAGUUUUAUUUACCUGGCCAUAUAGGUACAUUAGAAAAUACGGAUACAGAGAUGGAAAAUUCACGUUUGAAGCCGGGAGAAAAUGUGUAUCUGGCGAGGGAUCUUUUAAGUUAGAGCACAGUAACCAACAAGAGAUUUUUAGGUGUAUAUCUUCUCGAAUGAAAUGUAUGAAAAAGUUGUUGAAAAAUAAUGAAAUAGAACAAGGAUCUUUGUCACUGGGAAUAGAUUGUAAUGACGCGCAGUAUCAUGCUGCUUUGACAAUGGAAGCUGGUUCCAGAUCUCCACUGCCUGUGUCUUCGAAUUUUAGCUCAUUAAAUAUAGAAGACGAAAUUUCACUGUCACAGAAUUCCCAAAAGCCUCUAAUAUUUUAUUCAUAUCUUUCAACUUCCAGUGGAAAUUCAGUGCCAUCGAUUAGACCUCAACCGGUGAUAAAACCCAAGCCUACUAAACCUCCUAGAAAAUAUAUCGAUUCUAAUUUAACAAAUGAAAAACUUGACACUGAAUUUCAAAAUACUUCUGAUUCUGUUAAGUAUAAAAAACCAAAUUAUUGCCCUUCAUCAAAGUUUGAUGCAACGUACGCUCAAUUAGAAUUAAAAACUGAUGAAACAAAUUCUUACGACUUCGUUGAAGUUCGAAACAACGCAUGGAAAACUCACGGAAUUGAUGUAAUACCUCACAAUGAAAACAGAGAUUCCAAUUAUUCUGAGUUGAGUGCUGAACAAAUGAACUCAGCUAUGAAAAAUCUUCAUAUCAGAAAGAAAACUACCAAGGAAGAUCAAAGUAAUAGUGAUAAUCACCAUAAUAACAAUAAUAAUGAAGCUGAUAAAGAUGUGAGGGUUGAUGGUGAAAAUUCAAAUGAUGAAGAUAAAGACGAUCAUAUUCAAUAUGAGACAAUAAUUACUGAAAAUAGCUCAUCAACAAACGCAUCAGUAUCGACACUUAAUUAUAAUCUAUCUUCGACAUUAGACUCUCUGGCUGAUUAUGACAAACUCCAACAUAUUGGAUCGCUGUAUAAAGGAAAUAGUAACUCUGGAUAUAAAACUCCAACUGGCGCGAAUAGUUUGGAAAAUUCUUUGUCGUGUUAUAAUAGUAAUGCGGUUUCUUUGGAAAAGUCUAUUUCUUCUUGGGAUGAUUAUGAUAUUGUUGAAGAUAUUUUUGUGGACAACAGCAAUCGAGGAUAUGGUGUUAUUAGAAAAAAGACCAGUCAUCCAGAGCCGAAACAUAGAGUGUAUAAUGAUAGUGAAUAUGCAAUUGUUUCUAAACCGAAGAGAGUAUAAAAGACCAUAUUACAUUUUUUAUUACGUAUUUCAAUAAUAAUACACUGAGAGAAAAAAUUUCUUUUGAAAAAAAUGAGUAAUA